AUGGUCAAAUUUUACCAGCAAAAGUAUUCAUACGAAUAUUCCUGGAAUACCGUGUCGUUUGCGUUUCUCAACCGGUAUCCGAACCCCUUUGCCACGCACGUCCUCACAGUGGACACGCUCGACCACCGGCUGGAUGCACAAACAGGUGAGCUGCACAUUACCCGGCUCCUCCGCAAAACCAACUCAGUGCCGCGCUGGGCGCGCAGCAUAAUGCGCGGAAACGACGCUUACAUUCUAGAAGAGGUGACCAUCGACGCGCAGAGCGGCAAGCUUGUAUCCAAGACGCGCAACAUCACGCACACACGGCUGAUGAAGGUCGAGGAGACACAGACUUUGCUUGCUGACAACUCGGGACACACGAUGUGCAAGAACGAAACCAGCAUUGUGUCGAAUAUCGGAUAUGGGCUGAACUCGAGGAUCGAGAAUUUUAGCCUGUCUCGGUUCACAGAUAAUCUAGUCAAGAGCCGCAAGGGCAUGCAUUACGUUCUCGAUUUGGCGCAGCGGAAGGGGCUGUUUGGACAGCGGAUGCGGCUAGAUCAGACCGGCGCGCCUUUGUCGGCAUCGUCAUCCGGAACCACCCUUGUGGAUUGA